CUAAAAGCAUCUUCCUAUGAUUCUUCCUCUCUCUUGAUCAGAGAAACCCCAGAAAUAAAAUCUAUCAUCCCUCUCACUAUAUUACAUUCAUUUCCUCAUCUUCAAAUCAUCAUACCUCCAUACCAAAUAAAACAUAGAAAAAAAAAGGUUUACUGUAACAAAAAAAUGGAGUCAAAUAGUAACAACACAAAAUCCAUACAGAGAAAAGUUGUAGACGACCUCGUGGAAGGCAGCAAAUUCACUACUCAGCUUCAGCUUCUCCUCUCUCAUCGACACUCUAACCACAACAUCGAGACGGGUUCACUUUCCGGUGAUUCGGAUCUCGUUAAUGAGCUCAUCGUUAAGAUCUUGGGAUGUUUCCAUAAAACCAUAUCAGUUCUUGAUCCUCUUGACCUCGUCCCGGAUGUCUACGUCCCUGUGGCUGUAGAGGGUUCACGUAAUGCUUCGUGUGUCGAUGACUCGGCGGCUCCGGCGAGUUGCAACGGUGGAGAUUCCGGUGAUAGUAGAAAGAGACUUGGGGUUAGUAAGGGUAAAAGAGGAUGCUACAUAAGAAAGAAGAGAUCGCAUACUUGGACCGUGGAAGCUAAAAGAAUUGAUGAAGAUGGACAUGCUUGGAGGAAAUAUGGACAAAAGGAGAUUCUUAAUACCAAGUUCCCAAGAAGUUACUUUAGAUGCACACACAAGCCAACGCAAGGAUGUAAAGCAACAAAGCAAGUUCAGAAACUUGAGCGUGACCCUGAGAUGUUUCAAAUCACAUACAUUGGCCACCACACAUGUAACGUUAGUGACCAAACGCAAGUGAAGACCGAAACAAACAUUGAUUCGGACAACACAUUGGCUGCAACCUCUUUUCACAAGGACCAUGUGAAUGCAAACGUGCAAGAGCAAGAGAACGAUAGUUCAGUUGAGGUAGCCACAUGUAUGGUGAAGCAGGAGGAGAACAACAAUGAUGAUCAGAUUAAAGACUCUUGUGAGGGUUCUUCAACAGAUGGCGAUUUGUCAUUGGUUUGGCAAGACGAGAUGAUGUUUGAUGAUUAUCAACACCAUGAUCAGGAUCAUCACUACUAUCACGGUGAAACUAGUACUACUUCUCAUCAGUUCUCUUUCAUUGACAAUGAUCAACUUUUCUCCUUAUUCGACACAUACUGUGCGAAUGCUAGGUGAACAUCCAAAUGCAGUUUAAUUUGAUGAAUUAUAAUCAGGCGUGUAAUAUAUAAUACUCAUCCUCUCUUUGAGUAUGCUUAGUGGAAUGUAAUAUUUUUUUGUUGGAUAUUUGAUAUAAUAUCAUAUG